AUGAUUGCACUUGGGGAUGAGGACUCGAAUGUAAGAAGGAGGGCAUGUGAAGCUCUCUGGAAUGUGGGUGAAAAAGCAGCGACUAAUGAGGUGCUCAAACGGCUCGUGGUUGCACUUGGGGAUCAGAACUGCAAUGUCACAAGGGGUGCAUAUAACGCUCUUCGGAAGAUGGGUGAAAAAGCAGCGGCUAGUGAAGGGAUCCAGAAACUCGUGGUUGCACUUGGACAUGAAGACUCGUGGGUCAGAUUGUAUGCAUGUGAAGCUCUCGGGAAGAUGGGUGAAAAAGCAGCGACUAGUGAAGCGAUCAAUCGACUCGUGACUACGCUGGGGGAUAGUAAGUAUGGCGUUAGAGAAGCGGCCGGUAGAGCUGUUGAAAAGGUUCUCGGUUGGUUCUGGGCUGAGAGACAGUUAGACGCGAAACAUGUUUCAGAAGGUGUCGGCUCGAUGAGUAUUGGCAAAUCUGUUAAUUCCAGGUUUCUUUGGUCGUGGGAAGUUCUCAAAGGAAGUGCAGUAACUGUUAGUGGGAACAAGAUAAUGAUAUAUGGGAGCAGUGAACCACUAGAGAUACACGUUUCUAGUGCAAAGCUGGCUCAGGCGCUUGCGAAAGCUUGUCAUGAGCAGGCAGAAAAAGUUCAUGGCCCUUGUGAGAAAGGCAGAAAUGAAUUUUCAACAUUACCAUCUCGCAGUAAAAAAGAUCGAAUUAUUUUAAGUAACAGUGGUGGUAAGAUAAGAGACGAUCAGCAAGAUUGA